AUGGACGUCGCUAAGAGUAGUAGUUCCGAGCCUGCAGAUUUGCACACUCCUGCCGGGAUGGAUCUUGUGCUCUCUAGGGAUGUGAUUCAGCGUCUCCCCGGGUUGGAUGAGCUUGAUCGAAAGCUUCUUGAUAAAGAUUUCUCCCCACUUGCCUUUAUCGACUCUCAGCUCGCAAACAUGUCGGCUACGCAGUUGCGGGAGAUAUUGCAGAAUAAGCUAGAGGCAAUCAAGGAGCAGGCCGCUCAGACUGCGCUGACUACGAAUGUCACCGUGCCUUCCGCAGUUGAUAUCUCCAAAGUCAGCGACAUGUAUACUCGAGGACGUGGACUAGUGAGCCAAGCAGCAAAUUUAGAUAGCCGCUUAGCUGCGAUACGUAAUCGCCUAAUUCAGGUACUUCAUCUGAGAGACACUCUGAUGUCUGCAUCGUCCACUCUGGUCCUUACUAGAGCAUAUAUAUCGCGAGUUAGCUCAUUGCCAUCUAACUUGGAACGUGCCCUGGCUGAUCUAUCUUCUACAACACAGCGUCUGGCCUUUAUUAAGCUUAUUGAGAGACGGAUUGAACCAUAUGCAUCCAUUCCUGCUGUCGGCACUUGCAUGAAGCAGUUCUCAUCAUAUACUGGCAUGCUCCUGAGUCGUCUACCCCCGAUACAGGGAUCGCCAAUCGAUGAUAGCGCAGAUUUCUGGACAGAGGCAAUGCCACACAUGGCACUCGGCACGGUGCUGCAGGGACACAAGUCUCUUGCAGCGAUAGUAGUGGACCGAGGGCAGAUCUUCUCUUCGAGCACCUCCGCCGACCAAGUGAUAAAUGAAAGGGUCAAGGAGAUUGCCUUCUCUAUCCAAAGGUUUCAGCACCUUGUCAGUGCUUCUAUUCCAUAUCUAUCUAAAUUAGAGGAGAUUGUAUCACACUGGAUUCAACAGGCGUACGACGAACUAGAAGCUAUGUCUGUGGGGCUGUCUGCCACUACUAAAUCAGCCUAUGAUACGUCUGUACUCAUCGCUAUCUAUGAAACCUAUCUUAGCAGUGUGCGGAAAACCCUGACCAGACUUCUCAAAGUCGUAACAAUUGGAAGUGAUAAUGGUGCAUUCACUACUGCUGCAAUUGCAUUUGUGGCGUUUGAACUGGACUUGCGAAAGAGCCCCGACUACGAACGACUUGCAAGUUUGUUUCCAGAAUUGAAGAAGCCCAUCUCAUCAGGUUUGUUUGUGCCAUUAUUUAGCUCCCUAGUUCUGUCUGAUCUCGAUAGCAACAUUUCCAAGGUUAGGCUAGACUCGUUGAACACUCUGGGUGCAGUAGACUUUUCUAGCUUUAACAUCUACAACGGCCUUCCUCCUCCACAGAUAGUGUCCAUCCUCAGAGCAUGGAAGGCAUUUCUGCAGCAAACAUCAGCGUUUUUGGACAACAAUGCUAGACUCUAUGUGUCAGAGGCGGUGGUCCAAUGCAUGAAGGAGCUUGCAGGGUCUCUUCUUGAGCAGCUAAGCUUUCCAGCCGAUAGCAAUCUUAUUUUGCAGAAAAGAUACGCGCAAAUUAGUGGGUUUCCACUUCAGCACUCUCUUCUAAACAGGUCUCCAUGCAAGCAAAUGACAGUAUAUGACCCGAGCGAGCUGCUCGUUGUUCCCCUUGUUCCCCGUGUCAUAGCAACUGUAUACGGUGUGCUGUGGUCUAUUAGCACUUUUGAAAGCAAUAUCCCUGGGAUGUUACUGUCUCAUUUGGCGAUUGUUUCUGAAGGGGCCAUUGAUAUCCAGGAGGUAGAACAUUCAGGCCAACAGUCAGCCUCUUCCGAGUGUGAAAAUGUGUGUACCAGACAGAAAUUACUGUUAGAGAGCCUUCAGGAGACAUGGAAUACAGCUGCGGAUACGGCUAUGCGGACAUUAGCAGGAGCUAUGGCAGGAGAGUUGUGUUCGGGCGGUGUUUAUCCCUUGCUCGAUUCUCACCCCAAUGGUAAGCAGGACUUUCGCCGCGUACAAAGUCUUAUUAUCGGCCAAUUCGAGCUUUUCCUGGAUACCUUUAAAACCACCACAUUUCCAAGCAUCUUUGCCGAGAUUUUAACCCCAGCCAUUUGCAAUGCAGUUGGGUGCUGCGUGGUGGCUGCACCCAGGACCAAAGAGCCCUUGAUAAGCAUCCUCUCGUCUAUAAAAGAGCUCAUACACGACAUUAGACACGUCGUUACAAACGCUAUUCCCUCUAGACUCUAUGAGACAAUCUCUAAUUGUGUAGAAGAAAAGAUUGUUGGGGUGUUGUCCUUCCUUCUUCUUACUUUGGAGAACCGCAAGGCGACGACGCACAAACAGCUUGCAGACUUCCUGCCCAUGUGCACAGACACCAAGCAAUGGUUCGUGGAGCUCACACGUUCGUGGACCAAAUGA